AUGGUGGCACGGAAGAAGAUUGACCGUGGUAAAGGAUCGAAAUCCGAUGAAGACAACGUUGUUCAGCGAGCCUGUGCAAAUCGUCGCGAACGCCAACGAACAAAGGAGCUCAAUGACGCAUUUUCGACACUUCGCAAAUUGAUUCCCUCGAUGCCAUCGGACAAAAUGAGCAAAAUUCACACUCUCAGAAUUGCCACAGAUUAUAUUUGCUUUCUCGAUGAGAUGAAAAGAAAUGGUGGAAAACUCUUCGGGCAUUCGAUUUUUGACGAAAGAAGCGGUUACGGACUCCAAACUUCUUUUAACCUAUGGCGAAGUAGCAAUGGUCUGACGACUGUUAAUAUGCCACCAAUGAAUCCACCCCCUCCCCCACCUCCAUCACAGCCUAUGACUAUUACUCAUCCAUGCCUUCCAAUGGUUCCGCAACCGUACUACCUACCAUUUUCAAAAGAGUUUACCGAUUUGUCGAACUGCAGUGCUUCGUCCAACUGUAUCACUCCAAUUCACUGGUCUUAA